AUGACGGCUUAUCUCUUUAAGCUAAAAUUUGUCAUAAAGAGGAGAUCCGGACAGGAGGGAAAGCGGCAUAGAGCAGGAGGAGGAGAGGAAAACAGCGGAGGCAUACCAGGAAAAUUUUCUGUUAACACCCAAAUUACUCCCCCCAAUAUCUCUUCUUCACCCACUAAAAUCUUCUUUACUCUCCUUCUCUUUGCGGACUCCUUUGCCGGCAAGAGCGUCGCACUCGUGCAGGGAAGCACCAUCCGCGCGCUCGAGACGGCGGGCGCUCUGAAACCGGAGAUCGGCGCUGCCUUCGAAGCCCUAGGUCAGGCUGAAAACUCAACUUUUCCGAGGACUUGA